UUAAAGGCAAAAAAGUUAGCAGUGAUGGUCAUUUUUGCAUUAAAUGCCCAAUGACCAAAACUGAAAAUCAAUGCUCAUCAUGUCCAUUUCGCCAUUUCACACAACGGUUAAUAUUAGCUAAUGGUACUUUAAUGGAAGAAAAUUGUGCAAAAUGUCCGGCUAAUACAAAAGUUUCAAUCCAUGGUGACACUUGCAUACCAUGUUUUCAAAUCGAUGAUGAUAGCUGUGAAUGUCAGG